AAUUUUCCUCCUAACACUUAACUCUUGCUAUAUAAUUACGGAUUAGUUUCGUUAGAGAAAAGAUAACGAAAAAUACGGGUUGUAAGCAUGUUCAUGCUCAUCAUGAACACAAAUAAGAAAUUCUACUUGACAGCGUGUUUCAGGAAAUAAUUUUCAUCAAAUAUUAAAGUCAAAAGAUGCACCAUAUAUCGCCGUACUCGAGCAAUGUCGACGAGUAUGGAUUUGAGAGGCCACCGAAUUUUGACUAUGGGACUUAUGAGGAUUUUAUGUCUGAUUAUCUGAAAGUUCUUGCAAAAAGAGCCAAAAAAUGGGCUGAAAUAAUUGGUGAAGGCAAAUCGUUACAACGAAGUUUAACCAUAAAGCGUUAUGUACGCAAAGGCAUUCCAGGGGAGCAUAGAGGCAUGGUAUGGCUAGCUGUGAGUGGUGGGGAAGAACUUAAGAAUGCCUCACCCCAUUUAUAUCAGAGAUUAUUAGAAGGUCCACACAACUGCCAGGUUGUAGACAUUAUCAAAACGGAUUUACCACGAACCUUUCCUGAUAACAUAUUCUUCAAUAAUACUGAGAAUCAUCAACAUCAACUUUACAAUAUUCUAUUAGCUUUUGCUCAUCAAAAUGAAACUGUUGGCUAUUGUCAAGGACUGAACUACAUUGCAGGAUUAUUACUAUUAGUCACAAAGAGUGAGGAAACAGCAUUUUGGCUGUUAAAAAUAUUGAUUGAAAAAAUAUUACCAGAGUAUUAUACACCGACCAUGGAUGGUCUGCUCACUGAUAUAGAUGUGCUCGCAGAGCUUGUUAGAUUAAAAAUGCCGGAUGUUUAUCAACACGUAACAGAGUUGGGUCUACCAUGGGCGGUGAUAACAACCAAAUGGUUUGUUUGUUUAUUCGCCGAAGUAUUACCAAUAGAAACUACUUUGCGAAUAUGGGAUUGCCUGUUUUACGAAGGUAAUAAGAUAAUAUUCCGUGUUGCAUUGACACUCAUAAAACGGAACAAAGAAAAUUUAAUUUCGUGCCAAGAUUUUUCGUUGUUGGCCGAAUGUUUCAAGGACAUAACGAAGGACAGCAUUGUUUUACAGUGCCAUGAUUUUAUGCAGAGCAUUUUUAAAGUACCUGGUUCGAUGUCAGGAGGCACGAUAGCCAAAUUACGGGCCAAGGUCACUCAAGAGAGGAUUAAUCAGAAGCUUACUAAAUUAGGAAGAUAGUAGAGAUUUAAAAAAGAUUAAGAGAGAGAGAGAGAGAGAGAAGCGAGCGAAAAACUCGUACCACCGUCGUGCUCUAGUCAAUAAUGUCAUGAAAGACAAUUUAUGAGACAGAACGAAAAUAAACGAAGAACGAACAAAAAAAUGCAACUAACCACGAUUGUAUAAGAUUAGUAUGUACAAUAUUUUAUCAUGUAAGUGAUUUUUUUCACAACUAUUAUAAUAAUGUUAUAUUGUAUUGUAAAUCGUUAUUAUAUUGAGUGAUGCUCAUAGUUUAAUAAUUAUUGAUACGAAACAGUUCAAUUAUUAGCUUCGUAUACAACAAAAACAUAUGCUUUUUGUUGCUCAUUGGUAAAUCGAAAAAUGAUUUUAUCAAACAAUCGUUGGAUACUUACGAGUUUUCACAAAAAAUGAGAAGCAAAAAAACGUACAAUGUACAUCAAUAGAAAUAUAUUUAUACGUAUAAAUAUAUAUACAUAUGUCCACAUUUAGCUAUUUAUUCACAUUUGAAUGAAGUUACAUUCACAUACUUAUGGUUCAUCGAGUAAGAACAAGAAAGAGCCACUUAUUUAUAGAUUAUUAUGUACAUUUGAAAAUUUGUUUCCUAUAACAAAUGAAUCAUUCGUCCAAAUUAAAUAAUCAUCCUACAACAAA